GAGUACAAUAUAGUCAUCAAGACUCGAGUCGAGGCAGUCGCAUCUUUCAACUAUAAAAUGGGAGCUGCUACACUCACCCUUGUGGUCGCCGCAGUCAUGUUUUUCGCUGAGGAUGUAGCACCACAGGAAGAGAAUCCGCCACAACAGUGUGAUGCCAGAGAGACCGCAUUAUGCAGGAGGAGGGGAAGGGCCUGCCUCAUCGUCAACAAUACACCCCAGUGCGUGAACAAGCCAAAACAAAUGUGUAAUCACAGAAAGACCGAAUUCUGCAAAAAUGUGGGAAAAGACUGUGUCAUGAUCAACGACACACCGCACUGCGUUGACAACCCACCACAACCAUGUGAUGCCAGAGAGACCGCAUUAUGCAAGAGGGGCGGAAGUGACUGCCUCAUCUUCGAAGACACACCGGAGUGCGUUGCUAAUUCGGAACAAAUGUGUGACACCAGUGAGAUCGAACAAUGUGGGAAAGUGAGAAAAGUCUGUGCCAUCUUCGACAACACUCCGCAGUGCAUUGACAAGCCACCACAACCAUGUGAUGACAGAGAGACCGCAUUAUGCAACAGGGGCGGAACUGACUGCCUCAUCUACGACAACACACCCGAGUGCAUUGCCAAGACGCCACAAAUAUGUGAUCCCAUUGAGAUCGCAGAAUGCAGGAAAGUGAAAAGAGACUGUGUCAUCUUCGACACCACACCAGAGUGCAUUGACAAGCCGCCACAACCGUGUGAUGCCAGAAUGACUGAAUCAUGCGAGAGGAGGGGGAAGGACUGCCUCAUCUUCGGCAACAGAUCGCAGUGCGUUGUCAAGCUACCACAACCAUGUGAUGCCAGAGAGACCGAAUUAUGCAAUAGGAGGGGAAGUGACUGCCUCCUCUUCGACAACACACCGCAGUGCGUUGAAAAGUCCGCACAAAUGUGUGAUCCCAGUGAUAUCGCACGGUGCAAGGAAGUGAAAAAAGAGUGCUUCAUCAUCGACAACACAGCGGAGUGCGUAGACCACGAAAGUCUAUAUUAAUGUACGAACAGGACAGGUGGCCUAUGCACGGGGUGCAAAUGCAGCUGUUUGUUGACACGGAUCAAACCUGCGAUCGGAACGGAAGACGGCAGUUGUGCGCCGGGAACAUGGCAACCGUGUGUUUCUACAACGAGGUCUAUUGCCGAACAAGAGACGGUCAUUACUGCGUCAUGAAUUAGCGAGUGCUUCUAUUAAAGUUAAUUGCAAGACACGAAACUUUCUUGUACAAUGCGA